CACUUUUAUCUAUGUCCGUGCCUGUCUCUCUCUCUCUCUCUCUCUCUCUCAUACACUCGCACAAACACAUGGUUUCGACAUUUUCAGGUUUUAAUGGAAAUUUCCUAAUCUAUUCAAUUCCCAAGACUUUUUUUCACUCAUAAACACUUCCUCUAAUGUGUUAUGUUCCGCUAAUCCAAACAAACCUCACGUUUUCUUGGCUUGCUCUUCCUAGGGUUUCUUAUUUUGCUCAUUCAUUCCUUUUUUGCCUACUCUUCUUCUAGGGUUUUGGAAACCUAAAUAUAUUAAACUUUAAAAAGAAAAAAAAUUUUUUUUGGACCUCCCAAUACUGUUUUUUUUUUUUUUCCUUACUGCAAGUGGUGUGGAAUUCAUGAAAAUCGAGUUUACAUAGAUUUGGGAGCUGAUUUUCAAGUGCUGGAGCUGAUUUUUUUUUCUUUAAAUAUUUGUUCCUUUGGGAGUGAAAUGCGAGAUCUCGUUCGGAUUUCACGGUUCGUAUUGAUUGUUAUGAGAUUUGAUUAAACUUCAGCUUUUGCGAAGAUCGAGCUGCUUCGAGUAUGUUUAAUUAAUAAUUUCUGAAAAUAAGAGCAAGAAUCGCGGUCUCAGAAAAAAUGCAUUUCGCAAAGCUCGACGACUCUCCUAUGUUUCGCAAGCAGAUACAAAGCUUGGAGGAAAGUGCUGAAUCAUUAAGGGAGAGAAGUCUGAGGUUUUACAAAGGAUGUCGGAAAUACACUGAAGGACUUGGCGAGGGGUAUGAUGGAGACAUAGCAUUUGCAAGUGCACUAGAAACUUUUGGUGGAGGACAUAAUGAUCCCAUUAGCGUGGCUUUUGGAGGCCCUGUUAUGACCAAAUUUACCAUUGCCUUGAGAGAAAUUGGAACAUACAAGGAAGUUCUUCGGUCCCAGGUUGAGCAUAUGCUAAACGACAGAUUACUGCAGUUUGUCAAUAUUGAUUUGCAUGAGGUUAAGGAAGCACGGAAGCGUUUUGACAAGGCUAGUAUUACUUAUGACCAGGCUCGUGAAAAGUUUCUGUCGUUGAGAAAAGGCACAAAGAGUGAUGUCGCAAUUCUUUUGGAGGAGGAGCUUCAUAAUGCAAGGUCUACAUUUGAGCAAGCUCGCUUCAAUUUGGUAACUGCUCUUUCUACUGUUGAAGCGAAAAAGAGGUUUGAAUUUUUGGAAGCAGUCAGUGGGACCAUGGAUGCACAUCUUCGUUACUUCAAACAGGGGUAUGAGUUGUUGCACCAAAUGGAGCCAUACAUUAAUCAGGUCUUGACUUAUGCGCAACAGUCAAGAGAAAGGUCUAACUAUGAGCAGGCAGCUCUUAGUGAAAAGAUGCAAGAGUACAAGAGACAGGUGGAUCGCGAGAGUAAGUGGUCUUCCAAUGGUACAAAUGGAUCUCCUAAUGGAGAUGGUAUACAAGCCAUUGGUAGAAGUUCACACAAGAUGAUUGAGGCAGUUAUGCAGUCUGCUGCAAAGGGAAAGGUUCAAACCAUUCGACAAGGUUAUCUCUCAAAGCGGUCCUCAAACUUAAGGGGUGACUGGAAAAGAAGAUUUUUUGUUCUUGAUAGCCGGGGAAUGCUGUAUUACUAUCGCAAGCAGUGCAGCAAAUCAUCUGGCUCUGGCAGUCAACUUUCUGGUCAGAGGAAUAGUUCUGAGCUGGGUUCUGGACUGCUGAGUCGGUGGCUUUCUAAUCAUUAUCAUGGUGGAGUACACGAUGAGAAAUCUGUUGCUCAUCACACAGUGAACCUGCUUACAUCGACAAUCAAAGUUGAUGCUGACCAGUCAGAUCUGAGGUUUUGCUUCAGGAUUAUUUCACCAACAAAGAACUACACUUUGCAGGCAGAGAGUGCACUGGAUCAAAUGGAUUGGAUUGAAAAGAUCACUGGGGUUAUAGCAUCAUUACUUAGUUCUCAAGCUCCUGAGAGGUGUCUGCCAGCUAGUCCCAUGGGAAGCAGUCAUCAUCGGUCUGCGAGUGAGAGUAGUUCAUUUGAAAGUUCUGAUUUUGAUCACGCUGCAGCUGAAGACUAUACAUCUGAGAGGAGCCUUACUACCGCACAUCUUGAACGCCAAAUAAGACACAUGCAACCACAACGUUCCUGUGUAAAAAGUGAGAAGCCAAUUGAGGUAUUGCGAAGAGUAUGUGGAAAUGAUAAAUGUGCUGAUUGUGGUGCUCCUGAACCAGACUGGGCAUCAUUAAAUCUUGGUGUUCUUGUUUGUAUUGAAUGUUCUGGUGUUCACAGAAAUCUUGGGGUACACAUAUCAAAGGUGAGGUCUCUUACACUGGAUGUCAAAGUGUGGGAUCCUUCUGUUAUAAGUUUGUUUCAGUCCCUGGGUAAUACCUUUGCCAACUCAGUCUGGGAGGAACUAUUGCAAUCUAGAAAUGCCUUUCAGGUUGAUCUUGUCUCCACAAGUUUGUACAAAUCCGAUAAACCGCAGCUGUUUUUUCUCAGUAAACCUAGUCAUGCUGAUUCUAUAUCAGUGAAAGAAAAGUUCAUCCAUGCAAAGUAUGCAGAAAAGCUUUUUGUUCGGAGGCCAAAAGACAACCAAUAUCCUCAUUUAGUGGCACAACAAAUAUGGGAGGGUGUGCGUGCUAAUGACAAGAAAGCUGUAUACCGUCACAUUGUUAAUUCUGAAGCAGAUGUGAAUGCUGUAUAUGAGCAAACAUCUUGUGGAUCUUCCUUAACCCUUGCCAAAGUAAUGCUAUUGCAUGAGCAGGCAGGCCUUGACCAUAGCUCUAGCUGCUUAAUGGGGGAUUCAUUGGAAAGGUCCUCUACUAGUUCUACAAACCUGGCUGGUACGUGUGAAGGCCAUACCUUGGAGGAUCUGGAUGGGUGCACACUGCUUCACCUCGCUUGUGAAACUGCAGACAUAGGCAUGAUAGAACUCCUCCUACAGUAUGGUGCAAAUAUAAAUGCAACUGAUUCAAGAAGUCAAACGCCACUCCACCGUUGCAUUCUCAGAGGCAGAAAUGCAUAUGUGAAAUUGCUUCUAACAAGGGGAGCAGAUCCACGAGCUGUAAAUGUGGAAGGUAAAAACCCUUAUGAGGUAGCAUUAGAGUCAAACUUUGACGAUAAUGAGAUCCUUACUUUAUUAGCAGACUCAAAUGGAUAAAAUUCUCAAACAAGAAAUACUGAAGGCCAAAAAUACAUUGAAGCUGGGUAGUCUAAGAGAAAUAUAUGGUGGUAUUGCAUUUUGUAUAAUAAUAUUUCAUAAAUUUGAUAGCUGGUUAUCCAUUGAAGAAAAUGUCACUUGUGUUUUUUGAGGAUUUAGAGGAGUGGUAGGUUGGUGUGCCUGCCCCAUGGGCAUAUGUUUAAAAUCAGUCCCCGGGUUUGUAAUUUAAGAUGGCGCCUUUGGUCUGAGUCAAGUCAAGAGCACCAGUAGCUCUCAGCCGAGGGCUUUGUAAUGUCAUGUUUUUGUUUAUUAAGUUUGUUUGCUUCCUUUUUGGUGAAGCUGUGUUGAUUUGACUUACCAAAAAAGAAGCUAUGAUGAUUUAGUUUAGUGCAUUGUGUAUUUGUACAUUGGUUUCGAUUAGUGAAAGCUUUGUUAUUGCUGUAA